AGGACAGAGAGACAAUGAGCAGAUGAGGACAGAGAGACAAGGCAGUUGAGGACACUCAGUGUCCAUAGAUAGUCCUCGGAUAGACCGACAGAGAGGACGGGGUGAGGAGCGUAUUCCAUGACGACCCCAGCAGGCCCUUUUAUGUCCGGCCUAUGGGACCGGCUGGACCAAUCACAUGCCGGCUGGCGGGUCAGGUGACUCUUCCCAGGGAGGUUAUAAAGCCCGGCGGCGCCCGGCGGACGACUCACUGUGAUCUUCCAGCACGACUCGACCCAGGACAGAGAAAAGACAGCGCUUCAGAGAUGUCUCGGUUUCUGGACCUGGCGGAGUUCGGAGAAGCCGCUCGCUUCCUUCGUCUCACCAACUUGGAGCAGCUGGCUGCCGUGGCCCAGGCGUAUGAUGGCACCAAGCGGGUCUGGAUGCCCGAUGACGUGGAGGCGUACGUCGAGGUGGAGGUCAAAGAGCUGAACGGAGAUAAGACCACGGUGGAGACCAAGGACGGACGGUUCCUGGUGGUCAAAGAGAACGAGCUGCAGCCGUUGAACCCUUCGAAGUUCGAUAUGAUUGAAGACAUGUCCACGCUGACACACCUGAACGAAGCCUCGGUGCUCUUCAACCUGCGGAGGAGAUACAGCAUGUGGAUGGUCUACACCUACUCGGGUUUGUUCUGCGUAGCCGUCAACCCGUACAAAUGGCUGCCGGUCUACUCUGACCGGGUGGUCACCGCCUACAAGGGGCGUCGACGUCUGGAGGCCCCGCCCCACAUCUACGCCGUGGCCAACAACGCCUACCUCGACCUGCUGCAGAAUCGGGAAAACCAGUCGAUGUUAAUCACCGGGGAGUCGGGCGCAGGGAAAACCGUCAACACCAAGAGGGUGAUUCAGUACUUCGCCAUCGUCGCUGCUCAGGGAGAAAAUGUGAAAAAAGGAGGAUCCUUAGAGGACCAGAUCAUUGAAGCCAAUCCAGCCAUGGAGGCGUUUGGCAACGCCAAAACUGUCCGCAACGACAACUCGUCACGCUUUGGAAAGUUCAUCAGGAUUCAUUUUGGGACGUCAGGACGGCUGGCGUCCGCAGACAUCCACAUCUAUCUUCUGGAAAAGUCAAGAGUCGUGUUCCAGCAGCCGGAAGAGAGAAGCUACCACAUCUAUUACCAGAUCCUGUCCAAUCACAAGCCAGAGCUGCAAGACAUGUUGCUGCUGACCACCGACCCGUACGACUACCACUUCUGCUCCCAGGGACGGACCACAGUGGAAGGCAUGGACGACGCAGAGGAGCUGAGGCUCACUGAUCACGCCAUGGACACGCUGGGCUUCACACUGGAGGAGAAGUACGGUUGCUACAAGAUCGUUGGGGCCAUCAUGCACUUUGGAAACAUGAGGUUCAAGAAGAGGCCCAGGGAGGAGCAGGCGGAGGCCGACGGGACGGAGAGUGUUGACAAAGCAGCCUACCUGAUGGGCAUCAGCUCCGCCGACCUGCUGAAGGGUCUUCUGAACCCCCGCGUCAAAGUCGGACACGAGUUCAUCGUGAAGGGACAGACCGUAGAGCAGGUGACCUCCGGUGUGGCCGCUCUGGCCAAAGCCACCUACGACCGCAUGUUCAAGUGGCUGGUGAGCCGCAUCAACUCGUCCUUGUACACUGCGCUGCCUCGUCAGUACUUCAUCGGAGUCCUCGACAUCGCCGGCUUUGAGGUCUUCGAGUUCAAUAACUUCGAGCAGCUGUGCAUCAACUUCACCAACGAGAAGCUGCAGCAGUAUUUCAACCAUCACAUGUUCAUCCUGGAGCAGGAGGAGUACAAGGCCGAGGGUAUCGAGUGGACCUUCAUAGACUUCGGUUUGGACUUACAGGCCUGCAUAGACCUGAUAGAGAAGCCGAUGGGCAUCCUGUCCAUCAUGGAGGAGGAGUGCAUGUUCCCCAAGGCCACUGACACCAGCUUUAAAACCAAACUCUACGACAACCAUUUGGGAAAGUCGCCCAACUUUCAGCGGCCUCGGCUGGACAAAAAGCGCAAAUACGAGACGCACUUUGAAUUGGUCCACUACGCCGGAGUGGUUCCGUACAGUAUCACAGGAUGGCUGGAUAAGAACAGAGAUCCUCUGAAUGAGACGGUGGUGGCUCUGUUCCAGAAAUCCUCCCACAAACUGAUGGCUGGACUCUUUGAGGACUACAUCAGCUCUGACAUUGGAGAUCCAAAGGCUGAAAGAAAACACAGGAAGAGGAAAGCAGCUUCCUUUCAGACAGUUUCCCAGCUGCACAAGGAGAAUCUAAAGAAGCUAAUGGCUAACCUCCGCAGCACUCAGCCUCACUUUGUGCGAUGCAUCAUCCCCAAUGACACAAAGAGUCCAGGUGUGAUGGACGCCUUUAUGGUCCUCCACCAGCUGAGGUGUAACGGAGUCCUGGAGGGGAUCCGGAUCUGCAGGAAGGGGUUUCCAAGCCGCCUCCUGUACGCCGAAUUCAAACAACGAUAUCGCAUCUUGAACCCUGCUGCCAUUCCGGAGGACUCCUUUGUGGACAGCAGAAAUCCGGGAGAACUCCGAGCUCUCUGAUGUCGACCAUUCCAGACAAGUUUGGACUAAUUCGCGAUGUGAUGGAGGUUUUCUCCGUGCUCGCAGGUGUUCUUCAAGGCGGGUCUGUUGGGUCUGUUGGAGGACAUGAGGGACUUUCGUCUGGCUGCGAUCUUCACCAUCAUUCAGUCCAUGGCCAGAGGUAGGCUGAUGAGGGUGCAACGCGAGAAGAUGACGAUUCAAAGGGACGCUGUUCUGGUGAUCCAGUUCAACCUCAGAGCCUUCUUCACUGUGAGGACGUGGCCCUGGAUGACGCUGUUCUAUAAGAUCCGCCCCAUGCUGAGGAGCGCCCAGGUGGAGAAAGAACUGGCUGCUCUCAAAGAAGAGUUCAGGAAGCUAAAAGAGGCCUUUGACAGGUCAGAGGUGAAGCGUUGGGAGGCGGAGGGGCAGCAGGUGGUGUUGGUUCAGGAGAAAAACGACUUGGCUCUGCAGCUGCAAGCUGAGCAGGAGAACCUGGCGGAUGCAGAGGAGCGCUGCAACCAGCUGAUUCAGUCCAAGAUCUCCAUAGAGUCAAAGCUGAAGGAGAUGCAGGAACGUCUGGAGGACGAGGAGGAGAUGACCACCGCGCUCACGUCCAAGAAACGUCACCUGGAGGAGGAGGUGGUGCUGCUGAAGAGAGACGUGGACGACCUGGAGAUGACUCUGGCCAAAGUGGAGAAGGAGAGACACGGAGUGGAGAACAAGGUGAAGAACCUGUCCCAAGAGAUGUGUGUUCUGGAUGAAUCCAUCGCGUCUCUGACCAGAGAGAAAGCCGCCCUGCAGGCCGCUCACCAGCAGGCCCUGACUGACCUCCGGGCGCAGGAGGACAAGGUCAACAUGCUGGUCAAGGUGAAAGCACGGCUGGAGCAGCAAGCGGACAAUGCGGAGGGCUCCCUGCGGGUGGAGAAGAAGGUGCGAUUGGAGUUGGAACGAAUCAAACGGAAGCUGGAGGGGGAUCUGAAGCUCUCCCUCGACUCGGUGAAGGACUUGGAGACCCAGAAGGCAAAGCUGGAGGAGAGGCUGAAGAAAAAAGACUUUGAAUCGGGUCAGCUUCAGUCCAAGCUGGAGGACGAACAGAGUGAGCUUGCUCAUCUUCAGAAGAAGAUCAAAGAGCUCCAGACCCGCAGCGAGGAGCUGGAGGAGGCGCUGGAUGCAGAGCGAGCGUGGCGUUCCAAAGCCGAGCGCCAGAGGAACGACAUCAGCAGAGAGCUGGAGGAGCUGGAGGAGAAACUGGAGGAGGCGGGAGGAGCCUCUGCUGCUCAGAUCGCUCUCAACAGGAAGAGGGAGGCCGACUUCCUGAAGAUGCGACGGGAGCUGGAGGAGGCGGGGCUUCACCACGAGGCCACAGCCGCCACGCUGAGGAAGAAGCACUCGGACACGGUUGCAGAGCUCGGCGAGCAGAUCGACGCUCUGCAGCGAACCAAGUACAAACUGGAGAAGGAGAAGAUGGAAUUCAGGAUGGAGGCGGAGGACUUAGCUGCAAACGUGGAGCAGCUCUCCAAGAACAAGGGCGCCGUGGAGAAGAUGUGCAGGGUUUAUGAGGACCAGCUGAACGAAACCAGGAGCAGAGCGGAGGAGCUGCAGAGGCAGCUGACCGACGCUUCAGCUCAGAAAGCACGAGCGCUCACAGAAAGCGCCGAGUACAGCCGUCGUCUGGAGGAGCGGGACGCUCUGAUUGGUCAGCUCCAGCGCUCCAAAGCCGGGUUUUGCCAGAACUCUGAAGACCUGAAGAGGCAGCUGGAGGAGGAGACCAAAGCACGCGUGGCGCUGGCUCACGGCGCGCAGGCGUCCCACCACCUCAGCGCUCUGCUCAGGGAGCAGCUGGAGGAGGAGCAGGAGGCCAAGGCCGAGCUGCAGAGGGAGCUCUCCAAGGCCAACAGCCAGGUGGUCCAGUACAGGGCCAAGUACGAGACCGACGCCGUGCUGAGGAUCGAGGAGCUGGAGGGCGCCAAGAAAAAGUUGGCGUUCAAACUGCAGGCCUCCGAGGAAGCCGUGGAGACGUCUCAGGCCAGGUGUUCCUCUCUGGAGAAAAGCAGACUGUGUCUGCAGACGGAGGUCGAGGACCUGCUGGUGGAGCUGGACCGAACCAACGCCGCCGCUCUGGCUCUGGACAAGACGCAACGCAGCUUCGACAAGUUGUUGGGCGACUGGAAGCUGAAGUUUGAGGAGAGUCAGACGAACCUGGAGGCGUCGCAGAGGGAGUCCCGCUGUCUGAGCACCGAGCUCUUCAAGCUGAAGACCUGCUACGAGGAAGCGCUGGACCAGCUGGAGACGGUGAAACGAGAGAACAAGAACCUGCGAGAGGAGAUACUGGACCUGACGGAUCAGAUCGGGCAGGGCGUGAAGACCAUCUACGAGCUGGAGAGGAUCAAGAAGAUCCUGGACGUGGAGAAGAGCGACAUCAGAGCGGCUCUGGAGGAAGCGCAGGGAACCCUGGAGCACGAGGAGAGCAAGACCCUGAAAUAUCAGAUGGAGCUACAGCAGAUACGUUCUGAGAUCGAGCGUAAGAUUGCAGAGAAAGACGACGAGAUCGAGAACCUCAGGCGGGGCCACCAGCGCUGCCUGGAGACCAUGCAGGCCAGUCUGGAGGCGGAGGUCCGCGGUCGCAGUGAAGCGGUGCGUGUGAAGAAGAAGAUGGAGUCCGACCUGAACGAGAUGGAGGUCCAGCUGGGUUACGCCAACAGGCAGGCAGCUGAGGGCCAGAGGACCAUCAGACACCUGCAGGCACAGAUCCACGAGCAGAAGGUGGAUCUUGAGGACAAAGUCCAGUCGGCCAAUCAGCUCAGAGAGCAGACCGUCCUCUUGGAGCGCCGUUGUUCCCUAAUGGCGGCCGAGGGGGAGGAGCUACGCGGGGUUCUAGAACAAACCGCCCACGGACGCAAGAUGGCCGAACACGAGGUGGUGGAGGUGACGGAGAGGCUGCACCUGCUCUCCACGCAGCACUCGGCUCUGACGAACCAGAAGAAGAAGCUGGAGGCCGACGUGUCCCUGCUGGCGGGGGAGGUGGACGAGGCCACGCAGGAGAGUCGCGGCGUGGAGGAAAAAGCCAAGAAGGCCAUCACCGACGCGGCUCUGAUGGCGGAGGAGCUGAAGAAGGAGCAGGACAGCAGCAGCGUGAUGGAGAGGAUGAAGAAGAACAUGGCGUCCACAGUGAAAGAGCUGCAGCUCAAACUGGAGGAGGCGGAGCAGAUGGUGCUGAAGGGAGGAAAGAAGCAGGUCAACAAGCUGGAGACCAAGGUGAGGGAGCUGCAGACGGAGCUGGGGGCGGAGCAGAGAAGGAGCGAGGAGUACCAGAGGGGAGUCCGCCGCUACGAGAAGAGGGUGAAGGAGCUGACCUACCAGUCGGAGGAGGAGAAGAAGACUCUGUUGAGGAUGCAGGAGCUCAUCGAGAAGCUUCAGAGCAAAGUGAAGAGCUACAAGAGACAAGCGGAGAACGCUGAGGAGCAGGUGAGCUGCAGCACGGUGCGCUUCAGGAAGGUCCGAAACGAGCUGGACGAGGCCGAGGAGAGGGCCGACCUCGCCGAGACCUCCGUCAACAAGCUGCGGAUUCAAACACGCAAGCAAACUGGCACGGUGGCCGUGAUGAUCGAGUGAAGCUCGAAGGAUCCUCAGACACCAGAGCGGAGUUCCUGCUGCACGUACACGUUUAGAUCUAUAGAUCCUUACACUGUAUGUACACGUACAUACAGUAUAAUACCACACUGCUGAUCAUGAACCACGUGGAUAUUUCUGUGUGUGCGUCUGCUGUGAGCCGGUUUUACAUGAAGAAGAAAUAAGUGCACAUGAGCUACUAGUGAGGAUGUGCUGAACAACACGAUUAUAUAUCAUAGGUUUAUUGUACCGACCGUUAGAGAUCUAAACAAUACAUGUUUAUUGUACUAAACGAUAAAGGUAAAAAAAGGUAAUAGUUUUGUAGUACUAAACAGUCUCAGCAGGUUGUGCAUACAUCAACAGUUAAACUACUUCAGACCGAAUUCACACAGUUGUGAGUUUGUACGAUUGUUGAAGCUUGUAACUUAGUUUAUUAUGAUUGUUUAUUAAUCAUUUUUAGUCAAAUAUAAAGCAGAGAGCUGGGAAGAGGGUGAGCUUUGGACAAAAUAAAAUAAUACCUCAAACUACUUCUGCCCCCUGGUGGUCAAAGGUCUUCAGUACACCUUCAAAAAGCACAACCGACCUGCUUUCAGUCACCAUGUUUGUAUCUAUAUAUUUGUUACGUUUUACUGUUUGAAAACUUCAAUGUUCUUUGGGAAAAUAUAAAAAAUAAAUACCUUGGUGUUUUUCGA